CCCAGUAAGGUGAGAACCUUUUUGAUGAUGUCCAAGAAUGAGCUUUGGCUGGAUGUGUUUGAAGAAUCGACCUUGACUGUCUGCAUAACUGCACUGCAGCUGUGCGAGAGCCAACAUCUCCAAGGAAACAAUCUCGUUCUUCGUUGUUGACAUUUUUUGGAAGCAAGCGCAAUUUCAAACCACCUCAAAGCCACACGUGUGCAAUUAUAUGUCCUAACCAUCCCCUACAACACAAUAUUCGGAUGAAUAUUGCAUUGGUAUUAAUGACGCAAACUCAUUCACUGGUUUACAGCCGUGAAAGGGCGCAGCCAUUUGGAGAUUUUACCGCCCUCUGCUGGCGACUGGAAUUGACAUCAAGUGCAAACGUCGCGGCUCACCUGUUUUGUGGAUUCAUUCACGUGACAUUCGCAAUGCCAGCCGAAACUUUGACAAAAAAAAAUGUUAGGCCAUUUGAUAUGCGUCAUUCCUUGACUAUCCUUUUUAUAUGACCCCCGCCCCCAGCCUCACUGGAUUCCAAGUGCAUCAAGGACACGGGAUCUUCCUAUUUUGGCGAGGCCAGAAGACGGCAGAGUGUUCUUUGUGCAUGACAGCAUGUCGCUGUGCGUCUUCCACCGUGGUCUGAUGAUGCUCUGCUGGAUGGGCUGCUGCUGCUGCGUCGUCCUGCCCGACUCUCCUGGGUUGCAGCCGGGAGCCACCGUGACAGCCACGAAGAGGCCGGCAUCCACCAAAGAGGCAGGAGAAAGGAGCCUCACACUGGUGCCGACACGCUCCACGGUGGCCUCCCUUGUGCCUCCGAAGAGCUCAGCGUGCUUCCUGGAAGAUGUGCUGGCCGCCAUGCGAGAGGCUCUUGAGGACGACGGCCAGCUGACGCCAGGCGGCGCCACCUUAUUCGGAAUGUGCGCGGCUUCCGGGAGUCUGGCGGUCUUGAUGGGUCUGGCGAAGGAUGCAAAGAGGAAGCUUGGCGGUACAGUGGAGCUCCUGCAUCCCACUGAAGUGAUUUUAGUGGAGGAGGAGGAUGAUCGGGAAGCACUGAUUCUCGACUUUCACAUUCCACAAUCCCCUUUGCUCCAACACAAGUUUGUUCUGCUCUUGGCUUUGGAAAGUCCCUUCAGUGGAGACGACUCGGACCAGAUCACCUUCACCAGUCAGUCUCUGCUACCCAACACACAGGUUGUGUGCAUGUCAGAAGGAACGCAAUAUGUUCUACUGACAGGACAAACAUCCAUGGAAUACCAAAGAUGGAUGCUCUCUAUUGACUCCAAAUCCCCUAAUAUGAAGAAAAGGAUGAAAGAACUCCUUACGGAUGGAAAUACAAGAAGAAGCAACGUGACUCCAGUUCUUCUUUUCUCUCUUGAAGAGGAUAUCAGUACCAAAGUUUCCGGCUUAUCACAGCCAAGCUCCUUCUUGUGUGAGCUGCGCCGCUUCCUGAGUGAUUCCCUUCCUCACAAGAGUCCGCACGCUCCUCCGCUGAGGCGGGAGUCUCUGCAGGCUCCGCCCCCCAUCAGCCUGGAUCUCUCCUCCAGUGAGUCGGUGUUGGCGGAACUCAUCAACUCGUCAGCCCCGACCGUCUUCUCCUUCACGGGCUCCACGUAUCACGUCCACCGGGGAGAGCUGGCCAUGCCUCCCGGCCUGCUGGACGAGCUCAGGCACGGUUUGGAGCAAACCCUUUUGCAGAUCAGGGAGGUUUUACGAGACAAGGAUAACGGCCACAGGAGCAUCAAGAGGCUCCAGAGGCUCUGGGAGCUCUGCGACUUUCCCAUGGUGGACCCGGCAAAAGGUGAAAGCCAGUACUGCGCGUUCCUCCUGUUGAAGGCCAUGAAGACGGUGCGUCGCGAGAUGUUGCCGCAACUGCGGGCCACCCGUGCGGAACCCAGACCCACGGCCAGGGAAGCCACGUGCCGCCUGAGGAGCCUCACAGUCUCCCUGGAGCGUUUCGUGGUGGGUCCCAACACGGCCAACAUCAACAACUGCCACGGCCAGUGCGCUUUCCCGCUGGAGAAGACCGUAAACCACGCCGUGUUGCUCAACGCGCACAUUGAGAGCGGCAACGUCCACGAGCGGUCGCCGUGCUGCGUGCCUUUCGCUUACGAGUCCCUGGAGGUGGUGGACUUGAACGAACAUGGCACGCUUUUCUUCACGCACCCGGAUAUGGUCGCAAAGGAGUGUGGUUGUCGCUAAUGCUAAAGCUAAUAGACACGUACUGGUGUGCACUUGACUUAGUGACCACAAACAACGUUCUCUGAGCGGAUUCUUUUAUUGACACUUAUUUAUUCACAAAUUUGACACUCUGGCACAUAUAGGAAGACGUAGUAGCUGUCCAACCAAUAUAUAUCUAAUAUGCUGUUUGUUUCUAUAAAAAUAAAACGAAAACCACACCAAAAAAAAAUUUGCGUUUCAGAUCAAAAUACGGUGAUAAGUGAUUUUUGUUGGCACAGCAAGGAUAUUGAAAUAUAAGUAGUGUCACAAAAAUCAUGACACUUCCUUUUUUCCCUGUUUUGUUUAAUGCACUAUAUCCAACUCAAGGCCCGAGGGCCAGAUCUGGCCCGCCACAUCAUUUUACGUGGCCCGUAAAAGCAAACCGAGCAUGUCAACUUCCAUGAUGCUUGUUCCAUGAUGCUUGCUAAAAUCUGAACCAAAAUUUCAAAUUGUCAUAUAUAAGCCACAAUAAGAGUCAUUAUUCUUAACUCCUGAUUUUAAAACUAGUUAUCCAUCAAUUUGUUGUGCACUGUAUGUAAUAUGUGGAGGUGAUUAAACAUUUAUAGGGUUUCCAAAAAUUCAUAACGGUACUCCAAGGGAAACGGUAACUACAAUGUGGCCUGCGACAAAAAUGAGUUUGACACUUGUGGUCUAAGGUUUUGUUUGGCCAAAUGUGAGGCCGUCGACAUGUGACAACUUCCACUCGACAGCUAGCACAUCAUUCAUUUGUCCGAAUGUCCCUUGAAAUGAAAUAGAAAAAAGGAAGCGCAAAUUGACUUUUGGGACACCCAGUAUAUUCAUUACUGUAUUGUGUAUAAGUAUAACACGUUUGAAUUCACGCGUAGUCUUAAGAUGCUACAGUAUUGUUUCACUGGGACGAGAUGUCCUAUUUUGCUUGUAAUUAUACAAAGGUAUAAUCUCCAUUUGUAGUCGCUAAAAUGGAAGGCUUGCAUCUAGCUAUUAACUACAAAGUACACUGUGCCUUUUUUAACCUUUCUAAUCCAAAAGCAUCAGUCCCGUCAUUGUUUCGCGGUUUUAGGUUUCAGGGCCGUUUUACUGCCUAUGGGCUUUUUCCGUUUCCUUAUUGCUCCGAGUUCUUCAGAUCCCCACCACGAUGUGAACUUGUCCCACAAGGAGAUCUGGGCAAGGAAGACGCAUAGAAACGAUGUAAAUUCAAUUCCUAGUUCUAUGAUUGUCAUAUCAAUUCCGUUUGAGCUGACGGCAUGUUCUUCUGGAAUACUUUGGCCAAAUACUACCACUCUCUGGGCGGUUUAAUCUGGCAUGUGUUAGUAAGUAGACAAUAAAUACCUGAGUUAUUGAACCAUCUUGAAUACUUCCAAUGAAAGAAUUUAUCCCCGUCUCUUCGACAAAUAUGUCAACGGCAUCUAUGGGACACAAUGUUCAAGAAAAAUAUGUAAAGUGGAGAUAAAGUCUGUACACCCUU